UUGAUAUGGUUAAUAAAAUUUUGGAUAUAAAACUUGAUGUGACGUGUUUUAUCAUCGGAACUGUUUAUAUUGAAAUGCAAUUCAAACCAAAUAUUCUUGAUGAUGUUACUAAAGAUCAUUGGGCUCCACCAUCUCCACCACGUUCAAAAUAUUGUAGUACGGAUGAUGUAUUCUUCUUGGAAGAUGAAUCAGGAAGAAUCAAAUUAAUUGGUGACAUUCUAAAACAAGAAAUUAUAGUAACAGGAGUAAUAAUGGCAGCUUUAGGAAAAGAAAAUUCUGAAGGGAAUUUUGAAGUAUUUGAUAUAUGUUUUGCCGGAAUUCCAAAUCAACCACCAAUGCCAAUUAUUACAGAUGAUAAAUAUAUUGCGUUUAUAAGUGGAAUGAAUAUUGGACCAGAUUCUUCAUCAGCAUUACAAUUACAAGUUAUGAUAGAAUACCUUACGAGUGAAUUAGGAAAUUCAAAC